UUAACGAGCAUGAGGAAUGCUGCCCUUCUAAGAGAGCAGGAUCUGGCAGGGGGGCAGAGGAAUGGUCUUAAUCCCAAGUGCACUCGCUCCCCAUUCUCCCAGGAAAAACGGGACAUGACAACGAUCCGGAAGAAGCUGGUGAUCGUGGGCGAUGGUGCCUGUGGGAAGACGUGUCUACUGAUCGUCUUCAGCAAGGACCAGUUCCCCGAGGUGUACGUGCCCACCGUCUUCGAGAACUACAUCGCCGACAUCGAAGUCGAUGGCAAGCAGGUGGGUGGCACAGGACAGGGGGAGAGGAAAGCGGGUUUGAGUCCAGCUGCUUCUAGCAAACUGGGCAAGAGCUGUGCCCUCAUCAGAGAUGUCCUACAAUGGAACUGGCACUUGGAGAGCUGGGAGCUGCACCCUAACAUGUCUGUCCUUCCUCCGUCUCUCUCAGACAUGACAACGAUCCGGAAGAAGCUGGUGAUCGUGGGCGAUGGUGCCUGUGGGAAGACGUGUCUACUGAUCGUCUUCAGCAAGGACCAGUUCCCCGAGGUGUACGUGCCCACCGUCUUCGAGAACUACAUCGCCGACAUCGAAGUCGAUGGCAAGCAGGUGGAGCUCGCCCUCUGGGACACAGCAGGCCAGGAAGACUAUGACCGGCUCAGGCCGCUGUCUUAUCCCGACACCGAUGUCAUCCUCAUGUGCUUCUCCAUCGACAGCCCUGACAGCUUAGAAAAUAUCCCUGAGAAGUGGACACCUGAGGUGAAGCAUUUCUGUCCCAAUGUCCCGAUUAUUCUGGUGGGAAACAAGAAGGAUCUGAGGAAUGACGAGCACACCAGGAGAGAGCUGGCCAAAAUGAAGCAGGAGCCUGUGAAACCUGAGGAAGGCCGGGACAUGGCGAAUAGAAUCAGUGCCUUCGGAUACCUGGAGUGCUCAGCCAAAACUAAGGAUGGAGUGCGAGAGGUGUUCGAGAUGGCCACCAGGGCGGCGCUGCAGGUCCGGAAACGCAAGAAGAGGAGCACCUGCCUGCUUUUGUGAGCGGAAGAGGAGGAAGAGACCCACCUUGAGAGCGAGCAAACUGAGGACCGAGAGGAAAAACCUUUACCAAACGCCAUCUUGUACUGUAUUCUCACAUUUCACAAAAGUUGGAGGAGAAACUACAAAAAUAAGACUGGGCUGGAACACGGGUUAGAAACAGAUUUUUUUAACUUGCCUUUAUUUUUUUUGGCACUAAAGGGUCUUUGUUUUUGUUAUUUUCACCAGCAUAUUUGUAAGAUGAGGAAAAAUAAAUUCACAUGUAUAUGUAUAUGCAUAUACAUACUUCAGUCUCUCCUUCUGUCUCCCCCCCCACCCCAAAGUGUUUGGGCUUUUUGUAUUGUACGGUGUUUUGCCUUCAAGUAAUUGUAUUUAUUGUUUUUUUUGGGGGGUGGGGGUUGUGGAUCAGGCUUUUAGAAUGAGCCACCCAAAGUCAAGUUUCCCUUUAAAAAAAUAAGUCCUACAGAUCUCCCAACAUUAGCAGGAAAACUGGUCUCGUCAUUUUUCAGCGAAAUUGCCCUGGUUUUCAAUUGUACAUCCAGGUUUCUGUGCCUCUGUGUAAAUGUAGUGCCAUGUAAAAGUUUUGUAAGUCUUUGAAUUAGCAUGGAGUCUGCAGUUUUUUUUAACAUUCUUAAAAGGCCAACAAGAUCCUAGCUAGGUUACACUCCCUUCCGCCUACCGAUGUCUUUAGUUUCAGCUGCUGUCAUUUGUGCAGCAUGGUCUUUGCUGCUGAAGAGGAAGUGAGAUUAUUGAGGACACGUGGGAUUUUGUUCUUUUCACUUGGAAAGAGAAGUGAACAUUGAAGUGAGUCUGCAGACUCGCAUGUUCCUUAAAAAAAUUACAUGUUCAGAGUGUUACUGUGAAAUUGGUAAACCUUCUGUUUUAUUAAACCCUCACCUCCUGGUUUGAGGUCUGUCUUACAGCUGUGACCCUGUGAGUGAGCUCCACAAAGCCCACAGGAGAGGUGCUGUCAGUCAGAGGAGAGGCACAGGUCUCACUGACAGCACUGCUAGCUCACAGAGGGACAGAUGUACGCUAUGUCGAACCAGCUCUAGUGGUUCAAGGCCAGCUGUACGUCUGGGACAGAGCACAAGUCAGCAAAUGAAAUGGCUGUGAUUUUGGGACUAUACUUUGUGUACACUAAAGCAGUUCAAAAACAUUUGAAGCAAGCCAGAUAGCUGCAAAAUGAGCCCUGUCAUCUGUUUAUGUAACUAAAUCAAAUUCAACACUAAUCCAUGUGCCUUUGACAGCCUGACGUUCGUUUUCCCCAUGACGGGACCGAGAGCUUGCCAACUUUAAAAAGGUUAGCAGUGUGGUAAUCUUCACACUCUUCUUUCCCAGAGGUGAGCUGUACUAGAACUGGUUGACAGCUUGGACUGCCCUGGGAGACAUGACCCCCAAGGUCUUUUCAAUUUCCAUGCAACUUUCAGGUCCAAAAUGCACACUCAAGUGAUGCUGUGAGCAGAACACGGAGACAUGGAUCAGUUCACGAAAGGCAGGCAUGCAGCAGUGAAGUACUUGACUAAACACUGAUUUGCAAUGACGUGCCAAACAGAGGUUCGACAGGUAGGUCCAGUUGAGUUUUUUUUUUUUUAAUCAAGCUUGGAUAAGAAAAGCCUUUACUUCACUAGUCCAUUUCUCAACCAGGAAUGGAGAAAGGGUUUGCUAAAUGGCAGUAGAUGACCAGAUAACCAAGAUCACUACACCUGCCCCCUUUUGCUUCCAGUUUAGCUGCGUGUACUGUGGCAACGCCUGCCAGUAAUGAGUGCCUUUUUUUGAACACAGCUCGCCAUGCGUUUGGUUGUACUCUAGGGCAUUUUUCUUUAGUCCUUUGUGCCUUCAUUUUUCCUGUUGAGUGUUUGCACAGAGAUGGAUACGAGGAAAGUGUAUCAACGAGAGCUGAACCACGAAUUUCAAUAUUGAGGUCAUGUGCUCAUUCUAAAAUGAAAGCUAAUUUUGCAGCAAUAAAUUAGAGGUAAAUUUCUCAAGCAGACUGAAAGUUUUUGGAGAGUUUUUGACAUUGAACAAAAAAAGGCCGAGCUGUUGCAACUACUGCCAGCCCCUCAUCGGAUGACAUCUGUUGCUCUUUCCAAGAACAUGGAAUGGAUUUCAUUAACAAAGCAUGUUUUUACUGCAGACAAACCUUUCCCCAUGAAGUUUGUGUUUGAAGGAAUCAAGACAGUAGCCAGUUUGCAUUUUUAAUACUGUACCAUGUAGAGAUGCUCUUUUAUUCUUCAAUCAGAAAUUGCUAGGUAACAACCAAUUUCUGCAGCAGGAGCAGAGCCAUAUGAGACUGAGGAAAGAUGAGAUGGCUCUGUGGACCCCAGCUGUCCUGUUUUGGUGAGAGUUGGCAAACGCUCGCAGAGUCUUCUUCAUACAUGCACAUUGCUGCUGUCAAGGCCCGAGAAUCCCCGAGCUUUAUUUUGUGAUUAAGCAGACUUGUGCAGCUUCUAGCUGGGCAGUGAACACUUCUGACUACCCCUAGUGAACCUCAAGCUCCCCUAGCCCAACUAUUGAGUCUGGACAGAUUUUCUAUGUUUGCUAAAUUUCUCCAGGAAUUGAGGCCAGAGAUAAUUUGUUUUGAAUUGUAUACUUUAUUUUAAAUGUAAAAAAGCAUGCAAUCAAUAUUUUCCCCUAGCCUUGCCUUCUUUGUAGUGUUAUUGCUGUUUAGUGUUUUAGACUUAAGACCUCUAACCCAAGAUGGCCAGUGGCAAGAAAAUCUGAGAUGGAAAUACCAUUUUAGGUGUGAAUGAUGGAAACCGUACUCGCAGGCAAAGCUCUUGUUAGAGUAGAAAGCAAGCCUUUGCCAAGCCUUUCGAAAUGUCAAUGUAAAUCAAUUCAUCCGAGAAGCACGGGAAGAUUUUAAACCCUCUUCAGUUUAAGAAUUAUGGAUCUAGAUGAUCUCUCUAUUGUAAGAUGCCCUUGUCUUACAAAUUUUAUAAUUGCCUUGUUUUCUGUGUGCUUUGCUCUUGUGGAUUUGUUUUUACUGUAUCUCUCCACAAUCAGGGCCAGUUUCUUUUUUGAAUGUAUACAUGCUCAGAGCAGCAUGCUUUGUUGGUUUGGGGCUGAAAUUCAAGGGUAACCAUACAUAUAAUAAAAAAUGUUAAACUUUCUGUUAAAUUGCUGUACAAGGAUAAAGAUUUUUUCUAGGUAGUUCUUUAAUCUUAAGUAUACAAUUGGAAGACCACACGCAUUAAGGAGCCCACCUGGAAUAUGAGCUGAACUCUGUCGCUCAGCUUGUCGAGUCCUGCUGUUUUGACCAGCCAGCUUGUUCUGUCUUGGCUACCAGUGAUCGCAUCUUGGGGAUUUAGUUUCCAUGCUGUUAGCGAGGGGUGCAGCACCCCCCAGCGAGGCAUCCUGGAGCAUGCAGAGGUCAGGCAGAGGGUGUGUUGGCAGUCUUUACUCUCUCAGUACAGUCCAGGAGUCACCGACGCAAAAGCCUAGUCUUGAAAUGGCUAACGUAGCCAAAUCAGCUGGAUAUAUAACAAAGGCAGGUUUUACCUGUGAAAUGUUGCUUGGGUGGGGAUGGGGGCUGUGGUAUAGCUUCCUAGGAGUUCUUCAGUAUUCUUCAUUUCUGCUCCCAAUACUAGGUUUCUAUCCAACAUGGUUAACAGGCGUCUUUUCCUAUUCCCAAGAUCAGGUGGGAUGGAGUACAUAAGUUGCCAUGUAAAAGUUGCACAACAGAAUCUGUGUACACAUGUGUUGAUUAAUUCCUAAAAUGGCCAGGUAUCUGAUGCUUUGUUCAAUUAGUGUAGAAGUGGUUUUCUUUAAAAGAUUAAUACUAGAAAGCACUAUUUUGUUAUGCCAGAUCUUCCUUGUAAUUUCCAUUGCAUUUCUCUUUCCAUUCCUUAUGUGGAAGUGGAGGUGGAGAGUGGGUGAUACUUCAUGCUUCCAGAAGACACAAAAACGGCAGUGGUGGGAUUAAUGCUGCUAGAGCCUUUCUAUUGGUCUGCCUACAGAUAGUGCUGCUCUCUGCUUUGCUCUGAACUCUGCCUUGAGCUUGUUAAUGUGUGAUAAUGCACUGCUUAGUCUAAUGAUUUAGUGGAAUAUGUAGACUAUAGAUUUUUUUGUAUGUACGUGUACUUAUAUAUGGUUUCAUGAAAGGGUGCUGUCUGAAGUACUGGUAACACUUUAAAAUGUCCACACAGUUUUUUUGACUAUUGCUCAACUCUCACCAGUUUCUUAAAUUCUAGGAAUAACCAGCAGUAGACCUCGAUUCAACAGAAAUACUAAUAGCAGAGGGAUAUGUUGUCUAAGAAAACAUUAGUGCUGCGAAUUGUAAGUGAGGAAGGGGCCAAAUUCAUUUUCUGCAUUGAUACAGUCUAAGUAUUAAGAGGCUGUUUCUAUUUGUUUUAACACCUGCUUCUUAAUAUGAGUAGAGAAGUUUGAUUGCACUUCUUUGGAGUUGAUGAAACGGUCUCGGUUUGUGCAUUUCUUUAUGGAGCUGACUACAAGACAUGGUCUAAUGCGAAGACCUCUAUUCUUAAAUAUUCUAAGAGAAAAAACAAGAGGUAUGGAAUAUUUAUCUGAGGGGGGAUACUAAGUUGACUGGAGAUGCAAAACAAGAUUUCAAUUUGGAUAUAAAUAAAACAUUGAGAUGAACGAUUUGUUUCUGCACCCUUUUUUUAAAAUCAAUGUAGUGAUGUUGAUCUUGCUGAUAAAAAGUUAAACCCAAGGAAAAUUUAAGUAUUGUAGGGUGGUUAUUCAGGUCCCAGCUAUGAACCUAAAAGGUAUUUCAGCUAUUAUCUGAGAAACAUUCGACUUCAAGCUUAGUGACUUCAGCAACACCAGUUAACUAGUGAGACUUUGGGGGAAAUAAACACUGAUCCCAUAGUUAAGCAAAUUGCUGUACUGACUCAUGUCACUUGAGUGAGUUAUAGUACUUUUUCUGUUUUUUUCCAGUCAAACCCUCACUUCCAUGCUUCUAGGCCAAUUAAUGAGGGACUCUAACAUCUGUACUUUGAAUCAAGCACAUCUUAAAAUGGACUACUUCUGUCACAGCCAUGGCCAUAUGGCUGUGGAGCAUGUAUACAUUUAAAACUGUUUGCUGUGUGAUUUCUAUACUCCAGAUCUUUAUAGAAAUUGUUUUGUAUAUGUCAUUGUCUGCAUGAGCAAAACCAAUUUGUUCAUUCCCAUUGCAGAUGGGCAUACUCUGGGAACAACUUUUUUUUCUGUUCUGGAAAAUGAAUAAUGCUGAUUUCUAUAAGAGCUGAUUUGUCAUUAUGCUUUGUAAACAGGAUAUAAAUGUUGUAGUAAAUGUUCCAAUAAAGUGAACACAACCCAUGUUAAUAAACUUAUUUUUGAAAUUGGAA